GUGGUUAGGAACCACUGGUUUACAUGAUCAAUAUGUUCUACUUUUCACAGGUUUUGACAUGAUGGAGGCAUUUGGACUGAUGGACAAGGAAUAUGCCUCCAUUAAGGGGAUUGCUAUGGAACCUUACAUCUUCUUGGGAACUCACACCUACACCCUCUACAGAGAUAUCCAGCUAACCCGGAAAACAAGUGAGGUGUUACCGUUUGGACUUCCAACUGAAUAUACCAUUGCUUUCCUACUCCGCCUCCUGCCAGAAAGUCCCCGGGAGGCCUUUUCUAUCUGGCAGAUCACAGAUGAGGACUUCCAGCCACUUCUCAGCAUCAUUCUUGAUCCUCUUAAGAAAUCCUUGGUGUAUUUCCAUCGGGACCAUGAAGCCGAUAUAGAAGAGGUCACUUUUGAUCAUCAGGAAGUGAAGAAGAUCUUCUACGGAAGCUUUCAUAAGGUCCAUGUAUCGGUGAGCCAUGGCUGGGUCCGCCUCUAUGUUGACUGCAAGAAAAUAGGAGAAAAGAUUCUUGGGAAAUCAGAGACCCUUUCGACAGCAGGCUUUAUCACUCUGGGGAAGCUGACAAGGACACGAGGACCACGGAGUGGAUCAGCGAUGGUAAGCUUCUUGAUCUCCAGCUUGUCCACAGCCUUUCCCUGAU